AUGGGUUAUAUGUGUGACUUCUGUAAUGAACAAAGAUCAAUGGUGUAUUGCCGCUCUGACGCAGCGUGCUUAUGUCUCUCCUGUGACCGUAACGUUCAUUCAGCUAACGCUUUAUCUAAACGUCAUUCACGGACUUUGAUAUGUGAGCGGUGCAAUGCUCAGCCAGCUUCUGUUCGGUGUAGCGAUGAGAGGGUUUCUCUCUGUCAAAACUGUGACUGGUCAGGACAUAGUGAUGGUGCUACUUCACAACAUAAAAGACAAACCAUCAACUGCUAUUCUGGUUGUCCUUCUAGUGAGGAGCUUGCCUCUAUAUGGUCUUUCUGUAUGGAUUUGGAUUUCUCUAAAGGUGGACAGUCUGCUUGUGAGCAAGGAAUGGGUUUGAUGACUAUAGAUGAAGGCACAGGAGAGGACAAAACAGGCGUACAAAAUGUUAAUGUGGAGCAGCCUGGAACCAGUUCUGCAUUGUCUAAGGAGCUUGGAGUAACAGAAGAUGAUUUCUGUGGCAAUCUAAUUAUGGAUGAAGUGGACUUGGCUUUUGAGAAGUACGACGAGCUCUUUGGUACAGCUUACAACUCAUCAAAAGAUCUCUUCGAACAUGGUGGAAUUGGAAGUCUUUUCGAGAAACAUGAAGGCUCAAACUCAAUGCAGCAGCCAGCAGGAAGCAAUGCUGCUUCUGAAGAUUCGUUCAUGACUUGUAGAACCGAGCCAAUCAUUUGCUUCUCAUCACAGCCAGCUCAUUCGAAUAUAUCUUUCUCUGUCGUCAUGGGUGAGAGUAGUGCUGGUGAGUUCCAAGAUUGUGGAGCGUCAUCUAUGCAGAAGCUUUCAAGAGAGAUAACUUCACAGGAGACUAGUGCUUCCUCACAUGCAACAACACGUAACAAUGCUGUUAUGCGUUAUAAGGAAAAGAAGAAGGCUCGCAAGUUUGACAAGAGAGUGAGGUAUGUCUCUAGGAAAGAAAGAGCUGAUGUGAGAAGGCGUGUGAAGGGACGCUUUGUCAAGUCAGGUGAAGCUUAUGAUUACGACCCAAUGAGCCCUGCAAGAAGUUACUGA